ACAGCGAUAUUGAUCUUUUUGGGAAAAUGAGAGUGUGGCAAACACAUAUCGAAUAUCGGCGACAUGAAAAUACGAGUAUAGUGAUUUUACUGUCAACACUAUCUAUAGAACACCAAUGACCUUAGCAGACUAACAUUACAGCAUCUGCCACUUUUUUCCUUAUGAGAGGAUUUUUUUUAGUAAAUUUAAAGGGAAUAUUCAUCUUUAAAUACACAUGAGAAUGAAUUAAAAGACACGUGUAUGAGCAAUUGUAGUCUUAGAAUUUUCGAGAAGCACAUUUAUCUUGUUCUAAUUUUAAAAUACAUUUCUUAUGGACUCAAAUGGCAGCCAAUUUGUAAGCGCCCAUAAAAUUUCGUCGCUCGUCAUUUAACAACUGUUGCUUGAUCAUUUAUUCAUAUAUUUUAUCGAAAUAAUUUGCUAUUGCUAUGAAUUAAAAAAGACGAUGAACAGUAAAAUGGUAGAAAUUGUAGACCCCCGCCAAAUGGUCAAUCAAAAAUGUUGGUAUAAAAAGCGGCAUCGACUGAAAUAAAAUCAGUUGGAAUUGUGAUUUGAACGUUAUCAAGCACAGUUAUUUCUGUUAUUGUAUCUGAGAAAGUGUUAGGUGAAAAAAAUUAACUAACAUGAAAUUACAUAUGAAAUUGUUGGUGUUCUUUUGUGUUCUGUAUUUGUUAUGUGGACGUGUAAUUUCAAAAGACAAACACACAAGGCCCAGUACGAGUACACACAAACCCGAACCGCAUCAAUGUUCGGUACAGAAGAAUAAGCAGCACAUAUGUAGUUGCGCAAUCAUCCACCAAGAGUGGAUUCUAACGGCAAAUCAUUGUUUUAUGGACUAUUUGAAUUUUGAAAAUGGAAAAUCUAUUAAUAACAUAAUUCAAGAUCACGACAUAUUAUUAGUUGGUACUGGAAAACGUUACAGCCUUGAGGCCUAUAUACAGUAUGAUCAGAAUUUUAUGGGUUAUCGAUACCAGGUGGACAUCGGAUUAAUUAAAGUGAAUGGGGCGAUGUCGCUUGUACCGUACAACAUCCUGAAUAUAUGCAACUAUCCUUUUGUUCAACCAGAUAUGCAACUUGUAGCCAAGGGAUAUCAAUGGAAUUCCGGUCUUAAGCCGAGAGAACUCUCUUUAAAAGUUCUUAAAAAUGUAUCAACAUUUGACAGUAAUUUCCAUUUCUGUACCAAAAAUUUUGAAGGGCAAGGAAUGUCUGGCGGUCCGAUUGUGGAUGGAAAUGGUCGAUUGGUUGGGAUAUUGAGGGGGUCAGGAACAGGAAUAAACAAUAAAAAGGUGAAAUUGUUUACUCGGAUUUCACAUAUUCAUACAUGGAUCAAAUCAAAGAUCAAUUACUACCGGUGUGAAAGACAGAUAUGUUGCAUCUUCUCGUAGCAUAAGAAGAACGUUCUAAUCCAAACAGUCGGAGAAUCAACAACAACUGGGUGAAAAAUCAAUGAGGUUAACUCAUUGUGAAUGUAUCAAAAAAUUAUGAAUUUUCAGGUGUAAAAUUUUAGUCGAAUCGAUUGGAAAUAAAUAAAUAAAAUAUAUUUCAGAGAAGCGAAUCAA